CCAGACAUGUCCACGAAGCGCAGAGUCGGCGUCAGUGCCGCAACCACCGAAGCGGCGCGGAGAGCACUUAUGCAGCCUGUGCAAUGCUGGGAGAAAGUCUGGGUUGUCCCCGAAGUUAUGGCUGGGAACAGCUCAACGGCGACAGUACGCGUCAAGAAAUGGGUCAAGACAACUAAACCACAACAAUUCAGCGAUGAUGAAGGGACAGUUGACGAGCCAUUGGCCCCAUUACCUGAUGAAGUGGAAGUUGUGGACGGGGACGACGAUGAAGGGGACGAGAAAGACGAUAAGGACGAGGCAAUUCCUGCAAGCAAUGUUCCAAGCGCCCCUCCCGAGCUGGAAGAAGUCGAGCUACCUUCCAAACCACCGUCUCCGAAACCCCAACUUACGAUGGGUGAUAAUAUGACCACCAACGACGACGCGCUUGAUGAGUCUCUCAAAGCUAUGGAGUCUAACAUGGACAACGGUGUGGGCGUUGGUCUGGACGAGGCAGACACCGGGCUUAUAGAUAUAUCUUCAUUGGCGCCGGACGGGUUAAGUCUGGAGGACGCUCACGACCUAAGCCAAAUAGACCCUGCCGACGCGCUUCUGGGUGGCCCUCUACAAAUGGACGAAUCUGGAGACCCAUUUGCGGAAACUUGA